GGAAAAUUCUCAAAUAUCUUCUUCAAACCCUGAACCUUUGUUCAGGGAGGACUAUAUUCACCAGCAUCUCCAGCCCUGAUAAAAUGAAAACCUGACACACUGACGCAAUUCGGCCACUAGGGGCAGCCCUUUGCACUGUUUUUCAGGUUUCCUGAGAUUGGGUCACAGUCCACUUCCUGCUGUGCCAGCAUAUUGUCAAAACUACUACACACCAAGAUAAAAUGCUUCUUCUUCAUAUAGUGUGCACAAAGAACAACCCAUGAGGUCGUUGUCCUGAUUUCAUUUUUAUUUUUUAAAGAUUGUAUUCAUUUAUUUUUAGACAGAGGAGAAGGGAGGGAGAGAGGGAGAGAAACAUCAAUGUGUGGUUGCUUCUCAAGUACCCCCUUUUGGGGACCUGGCUGGCAACCCAGGCAUGUGCCCUGAGUGGGAAUUGAACUGCCACCCUAUGCUUCGCAGGCCCAAGCUCAAUCCACUGAGCUACACCAGCCAGGGCUGAUUUCUUUUUUAAAAGGCAAUAUGCCAGGAGUAGGUGUUGGAGGAGACUCAUGUGUCCCAUUCUCAGAGGUCCUGGUCCUGUAGGGACCUCACCUAGAUGGGACAGGACCAGGGUCUGCUCCCUGACCACUCCUCUCUGGGCAGGUCUCUGGAGUCUCUGAGCUAUGGGGUGUCCACGGACUCUGCAUAUGUGGGACAGACUCAAGCUUGUUGGUUCCUCUUCUGUGGAAGGGGAGUUCCUAUGCUGCUCCCCAGCUUCCGUGGGACUCACUCCCUGCAGGCCCUCUUCCACUGCCUUCCUUCUCUUUGCACCCACAGGAGCCCCGAAACCCUCCAGAGAUGCUGUUGCUGCUGCCAGCCCUGCUGUGGGCCGGGUUCCGUGACAGUGCAGGAGGGCCUGUGUGUCUCUGUGCCCUGCACUGUGAUCUACCCCAAGAAAGACUGGAACGAGUCUACCCCUGCUUAUGGCUACUGGUUCCAGGAAGGGGCCAAGUCAGGUGAGGAUGAUCCUGUGGCCACAAACAACCCCAAUCGUAAAGUCGCGUUGGAGACCAGGGGCCGAUUCCACCUCAUUGGAGACCCCCAGACUUACAACUGCUCCCUGCACAUCAGAGACGCACAGAGAAGAGACACAGGGGGAUACUUCUUUAGGGUGGAGAGAGGACCCUAUGUGAAAUAUGGUUACAAAGAAAACCUGCUCUCAGUGCAUGUGACAGCUCUGUCACAGACACCAGACAUCCACUUCCAGGGGUUCCUAGAAUCCGGGCACGCUAAGAGCAUUACCUGCAUGGUGCCCUGGGCCUGUGAGAGAGGCACACUACCCAAAUUCUACUGGAUGGGGGUCAACAUUACCUCCUUGGCUUCUGGAACUUUCAACUCCUCAGUGGUCACUCUCACACCAGUGCCUGAGGACCAUGGCACCAAACUCACCUGUCAGGUGAUUUUCCCUGGAGCUAACGUGAGCACAGAGAGGACCAUCCAGCUCACUGUGUAUGCUCCACAGAACAUGACUGUUCAUGUCUUCUGGGAGAACAGCACAGUUCCAGAGGUCUUGGGCAACACCACCUCCCUGCAUGUCCAGGAGGGCCAGUCCCUGCGCUUGGUCUGUGAGACAGAUGGCAACCCCCCAGGGAGGCUGAGCUGGUCCAGGGGGAGCCUGACUCUGAGCCCUUCCAAUCCCUUGGAUCCGGGGGUCCUGGAGCUGCCUCAGGUCAUGGUGGCAGAUGCAGGGGAGUUCACCUGUCGAGCUUACCACCCACGGAUCUCCUACCACAUCUCCCUGAACCUAGUUGUGCAGGGACUUAUGUCUCCCACUGGUUCAGAGACUCCCAUAAAGACCAGGCUGCAAGGAGAGACUGAGCCCCAUCUUCCAGGUGGUGCUGAGGUCUGGGCUCCUGAGCUUGGGCAGGUGGAUGAAGGUCCGUCAAACCAUUGUGUCCUGACACCCACCUGGCACAGCUUUGUGGAGCAAGGAGGACUCAGAGCAGGGGUGGUGCUCGUGGCCAUUGCAGAAGCAGCUGUCAAGACCCUGGUCCUUCUCCUCUGCCUCAUCAUCCUCAUUCUGUUUCCUCAGAGUGAGGAUCUGCAUGAGGAAGUCAUCCCGGACUGCAGAAAAUGUGGAGGAUGAGAAUAUCAUCCCAGGUUGGCCCUACACGCCUCCAGAUUGUGGUUCCAGAGACUGUCCACUAUCAGCUAAGUAUGAACACUGACAGUUCCUCUCCAUGACCUGAGACCCAGGUGAAAACAGCACAGGCUAGAUCUGGGGACUUGGCAUGAUCUAUCCUCAGCUGAAUGUUGCACAAGAUUUACCAUGUCUGUGAAUCUCACAUCAUCUCCUCGCCCAGCUGGAAGAGGAACUUGGUGACUCUGAGACUUUGCAUGUGCCGUUUCUUGGGUUGAAAUGCUCUUCCAUCCCCAUUUCUACUUCUGCAAGUCCUGAUUCUCCCUCCCUCUCAGUCACACCACUGUGUGUGUGUCAUUGUACAUUUAUGAGCAGAGUGACAUUCACUCAUUUGUAGACACAUUUAGGAAGCAUCAUUGGACACCUAUUAUGUACUAGUAUUAUGUACUAGUAUAUUGUAGAUUCCAGAGAUGCAUCGGGGAACACCCCUUCAAGAAUACCCAACAUCCAAAAGACAUGAAAAGAUACUCCUGCAAGCAAGGUAUAAAAAUGAGCAACAAGCACAUGAAAAAUAUGGUCAUCAACAUUAGUUAUCAGGGAAGUGCCACUGAAAUUAGCAAUUAAAUAUGGUUUCACAGUCACUAGGACAUAUGUUUUAUAUUUCAAAAAACAGGAAGUUACUUUUGGCCAAGAUUGGAGACAAACUGGAACCUUUCGCUUAUUGCUUGUGUGAGUGAAAGUGGUGCAGCCUCAUAGAAAACCCUUUGGAGAUUCCUCCAAAAUUGAACCUGAAAUUACUAUAAGACACAGCAACUCCAUUCCCAGGUAUAUAUUGAAGGGAUUGGACUCAGCAACUCAAACAGGUUCUCCUACUUCAUAGUUCAUAUCUGUUUAUUCAAAGUAGCUGCGGAACCCACUGUAGGCUCCAUCCUUAGAAGAAUGGAUGAACCAAAGGAGGUAUAUACAUACAAUGGAACAUCCUUCCGCCUUAAGGAGAACCAAAUGAAUGCUGACACCUGCCCCAACAUGAAUUUACCCUUGAAAACAACAUAAUAAAUGAAAAAAGACAGAGACAGAAGGACAAAUAUAUGAUUCUGCUCGUAUGAGCUGAGGUAAGCAAAUUCAUUGAGAUCAGUAGUUGCUCAGAUCGACAGCACAGGGAAUGGGGGUUAUUGUGUAACUGUACAAAUGCUGGAAAUGAACAGUGGUGAUAGUUGCAAAACAUUAUGAAUAUAACUAGUGUCACUGAAUUAUAUUUUAUAAAAUGUUGAAAAUGGAAAGUAUUAUUUUUUGGAUAUUUUGCCACAAUAAAAAAAAAGAGACUGAG